UUAAAUAUUAAAUCAAAAUUAAAGCUCGUUGCUUCAUUUAAUGUGCUUCAGACUUUUGAAAAAUCAGCAGUGAUUAUUAAAAUAAUGGAUCAAUUACAUUCGAAUGAGAAAAGCCAAUGGCUGAUGGAUGAUUCAGAUGAUUUGUCUGCGGAAGAUUUGCUAGAGAUGAAAAACAAGCUUGAAGAUGAAUUGAGGCAGCUUCAAAUUGCACAUUCAACAGUUCAACAACAAAGUUCCACAAGCGAUAUUGAAGAGCUGUAUAAAAGAGUUACAGAUUUACAGGAAGAAUUAUUGGAAGAAUCAAAUGUGUGUUCUAGAAAUGAAUUGUUCUUAAAAAGAAUUCAACUGGGAGAAGCACAGUGUGAAGAAUUGUUUAAUGAACAUAGAAAUGUGAAUGGGACAAAUCAGUUUGUAACUAGAAGUCUUCAGGAGUUGGAACUUGCAACACAAUUAAUGAGGAUUCAUAGGGAAACCUGUCAGUAUCAAGAAAAACUAGAUGCUCAAAAAUUAGAAAACUUGAAACUGAAAAAAGAAAAUUUAGAACUAAUGCAAAAAUUAAAAAGUAGCAAAGCAAAAGCACAGCUGUUAUCAAGUACAGUUGCACAAAAUCCUGAUUAUAAGAAAUUAAAGAGUAAAAUAGAAGUAAAAAGUAAUUCACUGGAAAUCUGUAAGAACAUCCUUAGACUGCUGGUCAUGGGAGCAGAAAUAGACUGGAAGCAAGACCCAGAACUUUGCCAAAAUUUGUUUGAAUGUGGUGAACAUAUUGGUAUUUAGUUACAUUCCAACAUAUUCAUCUUAAGUUGUGUAUGAACAUAUUGCUCUUUAGUUAUGUGUCAACAUAUUCAUCUUUAGUUGUGUAUGAACAAAUUGCUCUUUAGUUAUGUGUCAACAUAUUCAUCUUUAGUUGUGUAUGAACAAAUUGCUCUUUAGUUAGGUGUCAACAUAUUCGUCUUUAGUUAUGUAUCAACAUAUUGCUCUUUAGUUGUGUAUCAACAUAUUGCUCUUUAGUUGUGUAUCAACAUAUUUGUCUAUAGUUGUGUAUGAACAUAUUACUCUUUAGUUGUGUAUGAACAUAUUGCUCUUUAGUUAUAUGUCAACAUAGUCUUUAGAUAUGUAUGAACAUAUUGCUCAUGUGUUAACAUAUUCAUCUUUAGUUGUUUGUAAACAUACUUGUCUUUAGUUAUGAACAUUACAAUUAACGUCAUUGUAACAAAAAUAGAUGACUAGUUUUGUACACAUUUCUUUGGCUUUGUAGAGAAUCUAUUAAUCUUAAGAUUGGUACAUAAUAAUGGUAUUUUGGCUUGAAAGACAAAAAACUGAACAAUUGUCAUUGAUAAUUUAAACAACUUUUGCACAUGGUUGAUUUUAAUCUUCCACACAGCUAUAUUCCCCUUAAAUUUGAGCAUGUCAGACAAUGUUGAUCAUAAAUGUAUAGUAACUAAAUGGUAUGUUCUUUAAUGUUUUAUAAAUAUACAAUUUGAAAAGGCAAUACAAGUCAUGAUAAAUGUGAAUAUUAUUUUAAAUUGUAUUCAUUUAAGGUCAUUACUUAAAAUGACUCAUAAUUAUAUAUAUAUAUAUAUAUGUGUAUAUAAUGUAGACAUAUUGUUAAAUAAUUGUAAAAUAUCUUUUUUUAGUAUUCCUUUAUUACUGUAAAUAUCCAUUAUGCAAAUAUUCCUUUUUCAACAGUCCACGCAGCUCUUACAAUUAAUAUUUAAUAAAAGGGAGAUGGAUGUCUUAUUAAAUUCAAUAUUUUGAGCCCCAAUUUUAGUCAUACUAAACAUACAUUACCUGUGUGUGAAUGAUCUGUUGGUAAAGUGGUUUGUUUUAUUUUUAAAAAUUGUAACGAAGUUAUGAAAAUUUUGAUUUUAGAAAUAAAAUACUUUACACAUCAGAAUUAAUUUUUAAAGUAUUCAAAUUUUUUUUAAAAUACUUUUUUUCCAACAUAUUAAAUUCAUUUAAAACAUUUACCUCUCCAUUGAAUAUAGAUACUUAUUGUAAAGGAGAUAACUCUAUAUCAAUUGGGGGUUUGUUUUUAUUCAGGGGUCGUCCAUACGUGGUGCACAUUUAUAUGUUAGGUAUUGAUUUUUAGUAUUAUUUCACGUUUUAAAAGGCUGUUGUAGAAAUUAAUUAAUUUUUAGGUCUACUCAAUGUUCACAGAGAAGAUUUAAAGAAAGAAAUUGAUGUUUUAAAAAGCAAAACUGCAAUCUUGAGGGGGUAGGGUGGAUUUA